CUCCAACUCCCCCACCAUCAUCUCCAGGUCAUAUCAUUGCAACCCCAGCCUCUACUUGCAUAACAACCAGAGCCGACUAUACAAGCAACCGUGUACAAACCCACCAUGCAUCUCCUCCCAGAACCCGCAGUCGCCCAAAUCCUCCGCCAACUCACACAUUCCCAAUGUCUGUCCUUCCUGCAGACCCUAGACGAAGCCCUCGUCACGGUCUCAGCGCAGUCAUCCACCCCAGAAAAUGAGCGCCUCGUCCACCAACCCCUGCGCACAGCAAUCACCUCCAAAACAGGCGAUCUAUCCCUCUUCAUGCCCGUCUCCAAUACUGCCAGCACAGGCGCCAAGAUCGUUACAGUCUCCAAAUCCCACGGCGUCCUAGGCGUCAUCAACAUCUUCUCCCCCAAAGGCGAGCUCCUCGGUCUUCUUAGCGCCGCCGAGAUCACCGCUUUCCGGACAGCGCUCACGAUCAUGUCCCUAUUUGUUCGAGCCUCUUCUCUAAAGCGGGAGAACAUUGUUAUUCUCGGCUCCGGACGCCAGGCGGAAUGGCAUGCGCGGCUGGCACUCCUCUUACUACCAAGCCAGAUCCGCAGAAUCACAUUCAUUAACCGCGGCCGUAAACGCCUUGAGGAAUUAGAGCGUGAUGUUAUCGCUGAGCUGAGGCGCAUGUAUCCUGAAGUUGCGAUGAGUACGCUAUCGAAGGAGGGGAUGGAGAACUACGAUGAGCGUCUGCGGUCUGAAUUAAGUCUCAGCGACGUGAUAUUCAGCUGCACGCCGUCGACGGAGCCGAACUUCCCUUAUUCCUAUUUACAGCAGUCUUCUAAGCAGAGAUUUAUCUCGCUUAUCGGCUCGUAUAGGCCGCAUAUGCAGGAGAUUGAUUCGCAGACGCUGCUUUCGGGCGGGGGGAAGGUUUAUGUUGAUUCGAGGGAGGCUUGUCUUGAGGAGUCUGGGGAGCUUAUUCUUGCGGGCAUGAAGGGGGAGCAGCUUAUUGAACUUGGAGAAAUGUAUCAAGGUCAGGAGCUGGGUGGGAAUGUCACGGAGCUGAAGCCCAUUGAGGUGCCUGAGGGGUGCAAUGUGGUGAUUAAGGUUGUGGGAAUGGGGAUUAUGGAUUUGGUUACUGGGAAGAAGUUGCUGGAUGUUGGGAGGGAAAGGGGGAUUGGGAUGGAGGUUGAUGGGUUCUAGGCAGUAUUAUAUUCAUCGUGCGUUGUUAUUCAUUAUUCGGAAGGUGUCCCGACCAGAAAAAGGAAGCCAACGCCGAAACGCAUAUAUAUAUUAGACUGCCAACCUUAGAAGCAAGCCGAGUCUGGAAAACAAAAAACGACUUCAGUCGGCCUAAAUAUCAUUAUAGAAAAAUUGUACUGAAACAAUACCCAUAAAGUAGAAGAAAACAAGCCGAGAAGAAGAGUGGUCUACUAUAGUAGCGCGCAUCCGUGUAUGUGCAGAGCUGGAUUUUGAAAUUGGCGAGCGAU